AACGUACACAGAUUCAUGUAUCGUAUCUGGCCUUCUUUGGACCACAAGAAGCUCGUCAGACUCCCUGACAACCCAGAUAUGGAAUCCAACUUCCUUCCUAUCAAUUCACAGGUGCAUAUCAGUCCCACAUGGCUGGUAUGGGGACCCUUUCCCCUCCCUUCAUCGUCAGAUGAAGUAGACUUCAUUGCAGGUCUGAAGACAAUUGGAGGGAAUGGCGAGCCUAUGUCCAGGGAGGACUAG